GUCAGGACUCAACAGUCUACAUGCCCUGUACAUCAUACUAUGAUCUAUUUUAUACAGCCGAUAUGACUGUAUCUUCUUGAACUUCUGGCUUAUCAUCUCCUUAUCGCCUUCUCCGCAUUCACUCUCCUCCUCUUGGACUGUUACAUUUGCUGACAGUCUGACACUCCCCACUUCGGUCAUUCCAUUCGUCCCCUUCGCCAGUUCCUCAGCCUCAACUUCCGUUCGUUUCUCAUCAAUCUUUUUUUCGCACCACCCCACCGCGACUGGCAUCACCCUCUGCCUGCAUCACGCCGCGAUGCGUGUCCUUCCCUCCAUCCUCCUCUUUUCGGCCCUCUGCCCACCCAUCUCCGCCGUCCCCGCGGGUUCCAGCAUCACUCCUCCCGGUCCACUCGCGCCACUCCAACCGAUCAACCUCCUCUCCCAGCCCUCUGAUCCGCGCCGCCCAUGGACUCGCCUGCGCGACUGGGUCAUUGAAACAGUCUGGGGGUUGCCCCGGACGUGUCCCAAGCAGUCCGGUAUCCCAUCCAGCCUGCGCGAUCGAUACAGCAGCGAUGUCGUUCUCCGCUUUCAUCUGCGUCAUCCCGACGACGCCGAGGCACUGGCCUCGGCCUCGAGGGUACUGGUCCUGGAUGUUUGGGCUAUCACGGCGCAGUAUGUAGAUAUUCGACUCGCCGAAGAAAUGAUUCCCUCUCUCCUCGACCUACUACCUCCUUCCCUCCGUUCCAACCAUACUCCCCUCAUGGACGACCUUGUCGAUAUGAUCUACAAUACCUACCCACGUCACCUUCACAUUUCAUCCGAUACGGAACCCGAUUUCAGAUCCGGGAGCAGGCGGACUGCGACCGCGCCGGUCGACGACGUCUUUUUCCACGACUAUCAGCCGCUAGCGGUUAUCGUGCAGUGGAUGCGACUGAUGGCGUCCAUGUUUCCCUCGCAUGCCCAUGUCACCAGUGUUGGACUCUCCUAUGAGGGACGCGACAUCCAUGCUCUGCGAGUUGGGUCAACGCCCUCUCCGUAUGAGCCAACCGGCCCGCGCAAGACGAUUGUCGUUGUGGGCGGAUCCCACGCACGAGAAUGGAUCAGUACCUCCACUGUUACAUACAUUGCAUACAGCCUCAUCACCCAGUAUGGCCAUUCGGAAGAGGUCACCCGUCUCCUGCACGAGUAUGAUUGGGUUUUGAUCCCAACUCUGAACCCAGAUGGCUACGCCUACUCGUGGGAACAUGAUCGUCUGUGGCGCAAGAACCGGCAACCUACAGGCCUACCGAUAUGCCGUGGAGUCGAUCUCGACCGAGCUUGGGACUUUGAGUGGGAUGGUGAGUCCACGCGGUCAAACCCUUGCUCCGAAAAUUACGCAGGGUCAGAGCCAUUCGAGGCACUGGAGUCCCACCGGCUGGCCCGGUGGGCACAAAACGAAACUGAUAGCGGCCGUGCCGAUAUCGUGGGUUUCUUGGAUCUCCACUCGUACUCACAGCAGAUCCUGUAUCCCUAUUCAUACAGCUGCUCCACCGUCCCGCCGACGCUGGAAAGCCUUGAGGAGCUGGGCCUUGGCCUGGCCAAGGCCAUUCGCCAAUCCACCCACGAGUCCUAUGACGUGACCUCUGCUUGCGAGGGCAUCCUGCCAAACGGUGAAGCCGCCAACAUCAGCUCAGGCGGCAGUGCCCUUGACUGGUUCUAUCACAAGCUGCACGCUACAUACUCGUUCCAGAUCAAGCUGCGAGACCGCGGGAGCUAUGGCUUCCUACUUCCCCCAGAGCACAUAGUCCCCACCGGCAAGGAGAUUUUCCAUGCGGUGUUGACAUUUGGCAAAUUCGUCUGGGGUGAGAAGAUUAUGGAAGAUGACGAGGUCCCAGUCAUCAAGCCUCCAUUCAAUUUUGAACAAAAACCCUUGUCGAUGAAGUAGAUAAUCACCUUUCACAUGAAAUUUAUGAUGACUUAUCGGCAUGUACUUAUGCUAGGCGUUUGGGGGCCCUAAUUUCUUCCGAUGGAGAUUCAUGUAUAGGGUUGUACAUAGUUGGUUCUUACAAGGACGUGAAUAGGUUGAUGCGGUCUAGGCAUCGGAUCUGACCAG